GUGAGGGUGCUGCCGCGCCUCUGUGAGGGAGCCUGUGAUGUGCGCAUGGAGGAGCGGCUGUAUCUUCGCAUCCUGAUGAAGUUCUGAAAAUACAAAGAACCACGGAAAAAGGAAACAUCUCCUGAGACUCACACACAGAAGCUGCUCUUUGGGAAUAGACUCACUGCUGAACAAACAACGCGUUUUUACUUCAUAUCUGGCUUCACGCGCAAAUCUGGAGAGACUGAGGUUAACUCUGUGCUUUCUCUUAUUCGAUUGGCUCGAAACGCUGCCAUCGCAUGGAAACAUUUGUAUAUUUUUAUUAACAAACCCUAUAAAUAUUGCACUGUACAUUUAUUUAACUUUAUCUAAACCUCUCCGUGAUCGCCGUACAGAUGAGACUCCUAAUCAAACGCCCGUCUCCAAACGAGGACGCACGGAGAUCGAACAGGGAUUAUUUUCUCUCGUCUGGUCCCUUGUAUUCAGUGUCACUUCGUUAUAAAUGACACCGAAUUACAUUAUUAAAAAAGAUACGAUCUUAAAAUCGGUAAAAGAUAAAAGCAUUAAACUUCGUGUGCGACAAAGAAGUUUUAGUUUUCGGGCUUUGUUUAUACUUUGGAAAGGUUGGUGGUUGGUGAACAGCAGUCAGCUUCACGAAAAAUACCUCCGUUUUUGGGGGGGUUAAAAACUGCUCGACAUAGUGGCAAAUCUCUUAUUAAUUGAAAGCAGUUGUCCGUGUCCUGACGCAUUGCCCAGGACUGUUUUGUAUGCUUAAAAUGGACCUGGCUGAGCUGCCUUGGAGGAUGCAAGGGAGCUAUCGUUUGGACACUGCUCAGGGACAAAACGAGAGAAACUGAGGACUAUUUGAAAGCUAAUCCCAGCAUGGCAUUGGUUCCGGAGAACGGCUGCUCCAUGGAGCUGAGCGGCUGGAACAGCAGCGCGAGCGGUGCCGGAGCCUCCGUGCCCUGCAACCAGAGCAUCCUGAAGUCCGCCCCUUACUCCCCUGAAGCCACAGCGGUAUUCGCCACCGCCAUCACCCUAAUGGUCGUCUUCACUAUCGUGGGCAACAUCAUGGUCAUCAUCGCGGUGCUGACCAGCCGGUCCCUCCGAGGACCCCAGAAUCUGUUCCUAGUGUCACUGGCUGCUGCAGACAUUUUAGUGGCCACACUUAUCAUUCCCUUUUCUCUGGCCAAUGAACUGCUUGGCUACUGGUACUUCAAGUCACUGUGGUGUGAGAUCUACCUGGCACUGGAUGUGUUGUUCUGCACCUCCUCCAUUGUUCACCUGUGUGCCAUCUCCCUGGACCGCUAUCUGUCCAUCUCCAGGGUCACAUACGGGCGCCAGCGCACCCCCAAGCGCAUCAAAGCCGCUAUUGUGGUGGUGUGGCUCAUCUCUGCCAUCAUCUCCUUUCCUCCCCUGCUGUCACUGAACAAACGUGAGGCAGGAGAGGAGGGGACUGAGAUAGGACCCCAGUGCCAGCUGAAUGAUGAGCGCUGGUACAUCCUUUACUCAACCAUUGGCUCCUUCUUUGCUCCAUGCCUCAUCAUGAUCCUGGUCUAUGUAAGAAUCUACCAAAUUGCCAAACAGAGAACACGUUGCCCCCCGGGAGAGCCCAGGAAGGAUGGGGUCGGCUGUGCCACACGAGGUCAGACUCCACGACAUAUCCAGGCCAACGGGAAGGAUGAUGAGGAAAGCACACCGCCUUCAUCCAACAAAACCUCUCGUGCCAGACCCCCCACCCUCGCCAUCACCCCGUCCCCCUCCUCAGGAGACACUCAAACCCCCCUAAAUCCCACUUCCAAUAAUCUCCUGCAACCUCCAUCCCCUUCUCUAGCCAUGACCCCUGUCACAACCUCCCUUGAGACCUCUCCUCGUGGCCCCUUAACUCCCCCCUCUGUGCCCGCCCCUGCCAACACUAAAGAGAAGGGGAAGAAGGGCAAGAAGCAGGCAGGGAAAAAAGCUGACAAUAACAAUGGUGACAGCUCGAGCACAGAGAGCGACAUGGAGCACAGCCAUGGAGGAGGCCGAGGCAGCGCCAGCAUGCCAGGGUCCCCUGCAGGAGGGGGGGUCCACUCCCCGGCCUCAGUCAAGCGUUACCGGGAAAUGAUGGCAACUUCAAAGGGGGCUCGGCUGGUGCCGGGGAGGAAGUCAAAGACAGAGAACAACCCUGGAGCAGCGAGGCGUAAAGCCAUGGUCAACAGAGAGAAACGCUUCACCUUUGUUUUGGCGGUGGUCAUAGGUGUCUUUGUGGUGUGCUGGUUCCCCUUCUUCUUCUCCUAUUCUCUGCAGGCAGUUUGCCCAGAGACGUGUGCCAUCCCUGAUCCACUGUUCACAUUUUUCUUCUGGAUCGGUUACUGCAACUCCUCACUUAAUCCAGUUAUAUAUACCAUUUUCAACAAAGACUUCAGAAAGGCCUUCAAAAAGAUAUUGUGCAGUGGCACCAAGGGUACGUUCUUUUAGCAUACAUAAUGUAUCAGCUGUACAUGACCUAGACACAAAAAAUGCUACUUCUGAGGCAUCAUAAAUCAAUCACUUACAUGUUUUCAGAACACUCAAAGGGCUGUUCCCAGCAUAGGAAUCAGAACUGAGAGCCACUCUUUUACAGCCACAGUGUGUGCAAACAGGCAUCUUGGACUGUGAAAUCCCAGCUUGCAGCAGAUACGCACAAAUAUUUCAUGGUGUGGGAUGAAAACAGGACAUGGAACAGAGGCAGCACUAGAUACUUAACUGCUUCGCACUUCAGUAUUGCUGAUACGAUUUUGAUUAAAAAGUUUAAUCUCCAGAUCACAUUGAAUAAUGGAGUGCACAGGGACACAGGGUGCUGCAGAAUAAGAAAUGUACACACUCUAUAAAACUGUCAGAGGGAAGCAUGAAACCCGUUGAGAAUGAACUCCUGAAUGAGAAUAUAGACAGUUUAAUGUGUAAUAUAUAUGGUUUUGUCAUUAUUAAAUACUCCAGGACUAAUGGAGAAAGGAAGCAAAUAUAAAGAAGGAAAAGUGACCUUUGAGUUCUGUGAGCCUCAGGCCAUUUAUUUAUCAAUACUGAGCACAAGGAGCACACAAGGUUAGUGGUGAUUUCUUACGUCUGUAGUCUUAAUUUGACCAGCUGCAAGGCAAACAUGUGUUCCUCGAUUUUGAUCUAAAGGCGCAACAAGAGAAGGUUUCUGAAGACUUCAAAUGUGAUAGCACAGACAAUGACACCCUUUCAAACUGAACUUGUGGGUUUUCAUGAGGAAAGCCUGCACGUCAGACACCUAGCUGCUGGCUUGGUGUGGGUCCUAAUGGACACUCAGGUUGUUAGUAAUGACACUCUUGGCUUUCCCCUUUCAUGACGUGCAGAACAAGGUAAAGUGUAGGGGAUUUUUCAAGAAAAAUGUGUAUGUUAUUGAGAUGUAAAAGUAGGGCAGUAUGACCCUCCUCAUCCUCUUCGCUUGUUGUUUCCUGCUUUUCAUCUUGAUCUAGGCUAUCACAACAAUAGACUGGAUCAAGCAAUUCUUCUAAUGAACACAAUGAGAUGCAAUCAAACUGCUUUUAGCCUAUUGAAAGUGCUUCUGACGUUUUUCCUAGUAUCUAACUGGAGGUGCCUCUGGAGAAGACAUAUAGGAAGUCGUUUCCUAUUAUUCAACAUUACUUUAGAAAAACCUGAUUAAGCAGGGAGACAUUUACAUUCACUGUAAAGGACAUAGAAUGCAAUUAUGUAUGUGUAAUGUAACCACUAAUCACGCCUACAUGGUUUAUUCUGAGAACCAUUUGGCUGAGUCACUCUUUGCAAACGCCUCUGGCACAUCAGCUGCAGUGGACCUCUACAUGGCACAUUUGGGUUUAUAGCUGAGAGGCAAGAGCAUGAAUGGUGCAUUUAUUUGUUCUCACCAUGGGACUGAGCCUCUGUCAGCUUUCAUGAUAAAGGCAAGAGCAUGAAUGGUGCAUUUAUUUGUUCUCACCAUGGGACUGAGGCUCUGUCAGCUUUCAUGAUAAAAAAUAAAUAAAUAAAAAUGUAUCUGUGACUGUGAACAACACACAGGCUUAUUGACUCAAUGGGACAAGGGCUGUCAGCAGCAACACUUCAAUUUACUGAUUGUCUAAUACUGCUGACCUGUAUGAGUGUGUGUGUGCAUGUGUGUAUGCUUGUUAAUUUUUCGUUUUCUUUCUGUAGAGAGUGACAGUGCCUCUCCUGGCUGCUACUACUGUAAUAUUAGUAAAAAUAGAGACCAGAUGUCCUGGUGACGCCAUCACUUUGUGAAUGUUUCUACUUGAUUGACAGAUCAGUACUUAGCCAUGUUGAGAAAGUCUUAUCGAACUGAAAGUCAGUGUUUAUCAGUGAUAUUGAGUACAUGGCUGUUAGUCAUCACUCCCAAGGGACCAAAGAGCCUUAUAGGUCACCAGCCUGACUCUGUGAUAUCCGGCUCUGUGUUGCUUUAAAAAAGUAUUCCUUUAUAUUUAGUGUGUGUGUGAUGGGACACAAAGAUUGAAGAAACUGUAUAAUUUAUUUCAGAGUAUUUUGUGUUUUCUGUCUGUUACCUAUUUAUUGCUCUGUUACUGUGCUUUUAUUCUGAAAGUGAAACUGCUAUCAAAGAGUGAGAACACUGUACAGAUUUGUAAUAUCACGAAAAAGAACUAAAUUGAUUCAUGCCUUUGAGCUCUUGCUUUGUGGGGAUUGAGCUAUAUUUGAGCUUGAGUUGUAUGUAUUUGUGUUGAAUUGAAGGAAGUUGAACUUCGAGUUAUGUGCAUAAUGCAGAAUCUACAAUGCAAUGUUUGUCAUUGUUUCAUGUGGUGAUAGUAAAAUGUUAAAUCAAAGAUACAAGCACACUCAUGAAUGUACAAUUAAUCAUGCAUACUGCAGCAGGAAAUCUCUUUUAAAAUUAUUCAUCAAAAAGUGCUUGAAUAUGAAAAUAUCAUUAGCAACCGUAGACAUUUUCAGUUUGAUGAUUUGCAGAAUUUGUGCAGGACAUUAAUGCUACUAUCAAUAACAUACACAGCUGCUUGGAGAUCCAAAUGUCUGAUAAAACAAAAUGGAGGAAAGUGAGAGCUCCAUGCACUUACACAACUGUUCCCUGCCUUCAUCCGAAACGCUUAGUUUCUCUCCACAAAUAUGGCAACUAUAGCAACUCUUUUGUAACAAAAAUAGGCACAGAAGCCAUGAAUUCAUGGCCGCUUCGAAUAAAUAUGAGUUGCAAUGCUGCUCAAACCUUCCAACCAUGGCUUUAUGUGGUGAAACUUCUGCUUUGUUUGAUUUUGAAAAGUAUAAAUUAUUGCUUAAAGGUGACAGAUGCAGUAAUCUGCCUCAUGAUCACCAUCCCUCCCCUGAAACCGCCUGUAUUGUCUCUUAUUGCGUUUGGAUCAAAUAACAUGGUCUGAGCUUUACAAUCUUCUAUCGCCCAUCUGCCAUCAUCCCUCUCCAGUUUGGAAAUAAAGCUACUU